CAUGUUGUUAUUAUUAUUUUUGCAUUAAGACAAAUGUAGAAAAGGAGUGAUGAGUGAUAUAAGAAAAACAAACUCAAAAUAAAUCAAAUAAAAAUACAUUAAAAAGGUGCAUUUCAGAACUUUGGGCCCCCCAGAACACUAUAUCUGCCCCUAUAUACGAUUAUAGAAAGUUAGCUAAACACUGAAAGAACUAUUGAACUUUAUUUACAAAAUAUAGCAUGGUUGAUUACAGAAAUACUGAAGAAAUGCAUCAGCCUAUCCGUAAACAUAAAGCGCUGAGUCUGACAUUCACACACACACACACACACACACACACACACGGUCGGAGUCAGCCAGUGGCCAGGAGAGGGAGGAGGAGAGUCGAUCAUCUGAUUCUUUUCCUGUCCCACCCUCUACCGGACAGACGGGAAGAGUUCACGGUAAACGGGCUCUCGACACACCGACAUUUACAGCGUUUCUGCGCGCACGGAUCAACGUCACCAACGCGGAGGCACCAGAACGACGCGACGCGAUCAAACUCCAGCGUCUUGAAAAGGCCCGCGACUCUUCCUGCCGCGCACACCCGCUCAACAGACGCCAAACUCCGGCAGAACUUCUCAAACUCCUGUAAGAGGAUCUGCGGUGGUCGGUAUCGACGGAGAAACGCGACGACGCGCCGUGAUAGAGCGUGUCUUCCCGCCGCGUUGGAGCGCGUCUGUCCGCGCGUUGAGUUCGCUUUUCCUGCUAUUCUUCUUCUGAGCGCUUCCUGCUCGGCCAGAAACCGCACUGCUAAAAAUACUGGACCGCUGAGCUGACCUAACUCCGUUCACCUCCCGCUUCACCGUCUCCUCCAGCGCCCGGCAGUGCGGUAACCCAGCAGAUCUGCGUGUUUACCAUAAUCACCAAACUUUUACUUUACAAAUGGGGAAUGCAGGAAGAAACGCUCCUCGGGUGACUUUUCGACGCUGAAGCAGAGCUCGGAGAGUUCCUUCACCGUCUUCAACUGUGUAUUAGGGCUGUUCAGGGAGGAUUUCAGAUCCAUCUAGCCGUGUUUUGAACUUUUAACUCUUAUAAACAGAGUCCGCAGGAAGAAAUCCUGUCCAUCAUUAAACCAGAGACUGGAGCUUGUAUUCACUCCCCCCUGGUGUUUUCCUGUGUAUUUUCUGCUCUUGAUGGGAAUGUGAGAGUAAUCUUUACACUUGUUUUGAACUUUGCGACAUUUCCAAAUGGAUUAUACGGUAAGAAACGUGCCGUGGUGGAGUGUUGAUCAUUAAACCAGAGAUUGGAGCGUCCCCUCACUCCAUCCUGAUAUUGUUCUGUUUAUUUUGGGAGUUUGAGAUCUGUUUGCCCAUUUGGAACUGUACACCUUUUUUAAACACCCCUCAGUUGGCUUUCUCUAAUUGACUUGGACCUCAGAGCAUCUCUUCAGGCCACCCCGAUCAUUCAGUGUGUGUGAUUAUGUUGUUUUUGGGAGUUUGAGAUCUGGGAAGUCAGCAGAUCCAUUUCACACUCAUUUUGAGCUUUACAACGUUUAUAAAUGGAGUAUGCCGGAGUAAACCCUGCUCUGUUGACCAUCCAUAACUAAAUUAGACCUCGGAGCAUCCAUUCCAGUGUCUUUGUGUGUAUUUUUGGGAAUUUGAGAUUUAUUCUGAACUGUAUCAUGUUUAAAAAUGGAGCAUGAAUGAAGAAGCGUGUCUUAAUCGACUACGUCACUGAAUUGGACCUCGAAGGGUUCAUUGGGACUGCAUCACAAUCUUUCGUGCCUUCUUACGAUUGACAAGUGUUUGGGAAUUUGAGAUCCAUCGCUUCGACACUUUACGACUUUUAUAAAUGGAAUACGCAGAAAAAAACGUUCCUCGAUUGACUUUACGUCAGUAAAUUGUACUGAGCGUCCAUUCAAUCAAUUCCAUUCUCAUUGUGUGUAUCUGUGCUCCUUUUGGGAAUUUGCGAAUCAUCGUUUAUUCAGAACUUUACGGCAUUUAUAAAUGGAGUACACAGGAAAAAACGCUGCUCGAUUGACUUUACGCUACUAAAUUCCACUUCUGAGCAUCCAUUCAAUCAAUUCCAAUCUUAUUGUGCGUAUCUGUGCUCGUUUUGAACGUUACGACAUUUAUAAAUGGAAUACGCAAGACGAAACUAACCUUAUUUGACCACCCCUAAUGAAAUUGUAGCUUAAAGUAUCCUAUAACACUUUUUCCAAUCUUUGUGUGUGUGUGUUUAAGGAAUUUAAGAUCCAACUAUACGUUGAUUCCAAAGUUGACGACGUUUAUAAAUGGAGUACGCAGUAAAGAACACCCCUUGAUUGAGUUGUGGUCAAUAAAUUGUACGUCGGAGCCUCCAUUUGAAUCAUUCCAAUCUUUUGUGUGUAUUUUUGGGAAAUUGGGAUCUCCUUUUUGAGAUCUGUCUAUACGCUAGUUCUGAACUUGUACAAUAUUCGUAAUUGAUGUACUAUGGAGGAAAAAACGUUCUUUAAUUGAUCGCCAAUCACUGAGUUGUACCUCGGAGUGUCAUUCCCACUCGUUUGCGCCUGUAGGGAUUGACGUCUGAUGGAGACGCAUUCACCGAUGAUUGGGACGAACGGAGAUUUGAGGGCGAGAGGGGUCGUGACGUCCCCAUUUACGUAUCCACGUUUAUCCCACUUCGGUCUUGGAUUGUAAGUCCAAUGGAGCCGCUGAAGAAUAUCUUCUCCCGCGGGACGCUGUGGAAGAACCUGGACCAGCAGACUCAGAAGGGGAGUUUCAGCAAUCCCGUGUGGACCGCUCUGUUCGAUUAUGAGGCCGCGGGGAAGGACGAACUCACCCUGAGGAAAGGAGACCUGGUGGAGGUUUUGUCGCUAGACUCGGAGAUCUCCGGGGAUGAGGGAUGGUGGGCCGGGAAGGUCAACAACAAAGUGGGAAUCUUUCCCUCCAACUAUGUGUCCUUCAAACCAAGUGGUUAUGGCAAGUCCGGUGUGGUGGCCCCGCCGGUGGUCAGCGCUCUGGAGCCGCAGCCGGUGGAGUUCUGCGAGCUCAGCCUGCAGGAGGUGAUCGGGGUCGGGGGUUUCGGGAAGGUUUACCGUGGGACCUGGCGAGGCGAGCUAGUGGCGGUGAAAGCAGCCCGUCAGGAUCCAGACGAGGACAUCAGCGUGACUGCGCAGAACGUCCAGAACGAAGCCCGCCUGUUCGCCAUGCUGCAGCACCCCAACAUCAUCAGCCUGAAGGGCGUCUGUCUGCAGGAGCCCAACCUGUGUCUGAUCAUGGAGUACGCGUCCGGCGGGGCCCUGAGCCGAGCGCUGGCCGGCAGGAGGAUCCCUCCACAUGUGUUGGUCAACUGGGCCGUGCAGAUCGCCAGAGGGAUGCUGUACCUGCACAGCGAGGCCAUCGUACCGGUCAUACACCGAGACCUCAAGUCCAACAACACUAUGGUGUGUUAUUAUGGGAGCUGCUGACUGGAGAGGCUCCCUACAGAGGGAUUGAUGGUCUGGCUGUUGCUUAUGGAGUCGCUGUGAACAAACUGACCCUGCCGAUCCCUUCAACCUGCCCUGAACCCUUCGCUCAGCUCAUGUCCGAGUGCUGGGAUCAGGAUCCGCACCGGCGGCCCAGUUUCGGCUGUAUUCUGGAGCAGCUGACGGCUCUGGAGGAGCAGGUGAUGUACGAGAUGCCGCAGGACUCCUUUCACUCGCUGCAGGAGGACUGGAAGCUGGAGAUCCAGGACAUGUUCGAUGAGCUGCGCGCCAAAGAGAAGGAGCUGCGCUGCCGUGAGGAGGAGCUGAAGCGAGCAGCGCUGGAGCAGAAGUCUCAUGAGGAGUUCCUCCGCCAGCGGGAGCAGCAGCUGGCCCAGUGGGAGCAGGAGGUGUUCGAGCGCGAGCUCUCGCUGCUCAUCCUCAACCUCAACCACAACCACAGACCCAACGUCAAGAAGCGCAAGGGCACCUUCAAGAAGCACAAGCUCAAGGGGAAGAACGGAGAGAAGAUCAGCAUGCCUCAGGAUUUCAUCCAUAAGAUCACGGUGCAAGCGUCUCCGGGUUUGGAGAAGAGGCGAAAUUCUCCAGAUUUGGGGUCUCCAUCCAUCGGCCCGCGCUUCAGAGCCAUACAGCUGAUGCCCAGUGAGAGUAAGUGGAGCUCAGUGUGGUCGCCAGAGUCUCUGCCUCUGAAGAACAGCAAUGGAGAGAAGAGAUUCACUACACACCUGAACCCCAAGAGCCCCAAAAUCUUGAGACUCACUACACAGGACAGUUUGUCUAUGAGAGCUAAACUCCUGGAUGUGGACAGUAAUGAGAAUGGAGACUCAAAAGAGGACUUUGUGGAGUACAUACCAGUGACACCAGAGUCCAGCCACAAUGCUGGAUCUUCCUCUGUGUCAGGACACACUGGAUCAGAAGAGCCCACUGCCGUUCGCCCUGUACCCGGACCCUCGCCUCUGGAGCCCCAAAACCCGCCGUCUAGAGGUCAACAUCAUCCCCCGUCCGCGGCCCUCACCCAACCGGCCCCGCAUUGACCCCUGGAGCUUUGUGUCUGCGGGCAUGUCUGCAGAGCGACCCCGAGGCUCCAGCGGCCCCGCCAGCCCUCUGCUGGGCACACGGCCCUCGCCCACCAACCCAUUCUCCAGCGGCGCCCUGUUCCCCUCCCCUGACUGCGACCCUUUUGCCCUGCAGCUGGAGCCAGCGGCAGCAGCGGAGCAAGGGUUUGACCCCUUCUGCCCGCCGUUCCCCACCUCGCGCUCGGCCCCCUGCUCCGCUAACGUCAGCCCCAGCCUGAGCCUGCGGGGGGCGCCACUGCAGCCGCCUGCCCCCCCGCUGCUGGAGCUCAGCUGGGUCAGUGUGUCCCGCCCGCCGGACAGCAGAGAGAGACUGCAGCCACCCCGCAGCCUGAGCGCAUUCAGAUCCGCAGCACCACUGCCAAACGACCGCUUCUGAAUCAAACACACACAACGCUGAUGAUACACACACCGCGGGUAAUACACACACCCAAACCCUCUCCGCCACCGCUGGUAAUACACACACACACACAGCAAAAACCUGCUACAGCCAACAACUUGUUAUAAAACUUGUUUAUUUACCGCGGUGUGUUUUGUGCAGUCAUGUGACUCCUGUCCUGCCCUCUGAUUGGCUGAUCAGGGGGUCUCAGAGUCUAUGGUGUGUGUGUGUGCACGAGAACACAAUACUGUGCCAAAGAAGAGCAGGAUGUGUGUGUGUGUGUGUGUGUGUGUGUGCGCGUUGAUGGAUCUGUGCUGACCACUGCUGUUUGUGAACACAAACACACCUUCCAUCUAUUGAGCCAAUAAUACUUAUAUACAACACACGCACAUACGCACACCUGAUUAUCAGUGCUUCUGUGAGUCAAAACUUUUAACAACAUCUCUUAACAUUAUAUAUGUGCAUUCAUACAUGCAUAAUAUACAGUACACACACACACACACAUAUCAUGUAAAUCAAACUUUAUCUUGUACGCAGUAGUCCCGAUGAAUCUUUAAACGGCACUUGUGUAAACAAAAUGAGUGUGAUAUUGUAGGAAUAUAUUUAAGCAGUAGUUUUGCGUAAUGAUUCAUUCAUUCUACCGAUUCAUUUUGAAAUGAAGCAAUGAUUCGUGAGGGAUGUUUAAUUGAAUCAUUUGACUCAAUUGAUUCGUUCAGAAACUGAUUCAUUCAGGAAAUGUUGCUCUGAGAUGCACACAUGAGUUUGUACUUCAUCCUGCUUCAGGGACAUUUAUGUUGGACAACCAUGACAUGGCCAGAACUCACUAUUACACAAUAUAUUACACAUAUAGAAUUAAAUAAUAAUAAUAAUAUUAAUAAAAGGAAAAAAAGACCUGCGAGUUAUUUUCAUUGGCAAAACUCAAAAAUACCCUAUUAUUUAUCUGUGGGCUCUUAUAAAGUCUUACAUCUCAGAAACUGAAUGUUAGGCUGUAUAAUGACUGAAAUAUUGUGCUGUAGAUCUUCAAUCAUUUUCAGUCAGUCAGCUGUCUGUGUAGAGAUACUCAGUCUGGCCUUAUAAUCACAGUAAAACUGGCAAACUAUUAACUAGUUAAACCGGGGGUCACCAAACUUGUUCCUGGAGGGCCGGUGUCCUGCAGAUUUGAGCUCCAACCCGAAUCAAACACACCUGAACAAGCUGAUCAAGCUCUUACUAGGUAUACUUGAAUCAUCCAGGCAGGUGUGUUCAGGCAAGUUGGAGCUGAACCCUGCAGGGCACCGGCCCUCCAGGACCGAGAUUGGUGACCCCUUGUUUAAAGGUUCCCCAUGUGUUUAUGGAGCAGAUAUGCUGAGGAGAGUGAUUAUACAUGUAUAAAUAUAACCUGGACAUCGUAUUAAAGCUAAAGUUUUUAGAACUGUUAGGAGUAAAACUCUUAAUGGGUGUAACACACUUUAUUUAUGAUAAAAACGCUCAAAAAUACGAACAUUUAUGAUUAAUAUAAGGGUUUUUUAUAGGGUUUGAGAUUAAAUAUGUCCAUUUCUCUCAGGAAAUGUGAUUAACAGUGUCUGCAAAUGUGUAAAGAUUGGUCAGUCAAGCAGCAGAAUGAGUGCUUAUGGCUUAUGAAUAAUGUAAAUAGUAAUAGAAAACUAUAGUCUUGCAUAAUGUGUGCUGUAAAAGGUAGAUGAUGUUUUGUUGAUUUAAGCAUGAAUUUGCUUAAUUUUGGACAAUUAUUUCUGAAAACUAAAGGUCUUAAAGGCACAGUUCACGUCCUCAUUUUGAUUCAGCCCUGUGUGAGUUUCUUUCUUCCGCUGAAGGUUAAAGAUAUUCUGAGGAUCACUGGUUAAACAGUUCUGUGGUCCUGCUUUGGAUGUGAUUGUCUGCUUUCCUCAGUGCUCCUCAGAAUGAUAAUGGAGGAAAAUGUUCAUUUUAGGGUGAACUGGCCCUUUAAGAGCUUCAGUCUUUCUGCUGCGUCACUAGUGAAUGAAUCGUGAGAACACAAACACUGAGCGAGUGUGUAUGUAUGUGUGUGUGUGUGUUGUACUCUGUCUCCCCCUGCUGGACGCUCAGUCAGCUUCAUACCGUCCCCUAUAGCAGGGGUGUUAAACUCCGUUCCUGGAGGGCCGCAGCUCUGCACAGUUUACUCACCUGCAGGUCCCGAUCAAGCCUGAAGGACUGAAUUAGUGUUAUCAGCUGUGUUUAUUUAGGGUUAGAACUAAACUGUGUAGAGCUGCGGCCCUCCAGGAACUGAGGGCCUCUAUUAGACGCACGCACACACACAAUUUUCUUGAAAAUUGGCGGUAAAUGUUAAUUCUCAUAUGGGAUAUAUUAAAAAGUUCAAUUUAAACAGCAGUAAAUGAUUAUUUUCAGCAGUGAGAAGUAGCAUCAUCAGGUAAUGAACCGUAUGAGCAAGUCAGAGUUUAGUUUUUUGGUUUAUUCCUGGCAAAUAUAAACUUGCGAAUGUUUCUAUGCACACAUUUUCUUUGUUUCUCGUAACUAACACAUUUCACAGCAAUGAAUACUAGUAAAAAUGCUGAUUUUAUCUGCAGCUCAGUCAGAAUCCAUAACAACAUGCGAUAGGUGUCGUUACUACUUUAACAAAUUCACAGUGAAGAAGCGCUUCUGUAACCAUGACGACCUGACAGCGUGCUGACGUGAGCUUCAGCUGUUUAUUCCUCGCAACUCUGAUAAACUUGCAAAUGUUUCUAGACACAAAUUCAACAACCUGAAAUGAAAAGGUCUGUAUUUAUUUAUUAUGCAAUUUUUUUUUACAAUUUUAGUCUUUCAAAGUUUAGUGAAGAUGAGAAACUUUAAUUCAGUCAGCAUUGUGAGAUGGUGCGAUUCUAAUAGUUUUACAAUUUUGAGUUAUAAUUUCACCGUUUAUACCUCUGAAUUAACUUUUCAAUAAUUGUAAUAAUGUUGCAAAUGUUUAUAUACAAUGUUGACUUUUUUUUAUAUUUCGCAACAAUGUAUACUUUAAAAAAAGAUUUGAACCUGCAGUUCAGUCUGAAUCGUCAUAACUGUGCGAUAGUUGCGUUACGGGGAAAAUUUAACAAUUGACAAAAUGUUAGCCCAUGAUUCAGUCAGCAUUCCUAAAAUGUAGAUAUUUUAUUUCACAUUUCUUAGUUCAUAACUUGCAAUUAACUUCACAAUGAAAAUCGUAAUACACUUCAACCAGAUUUUAGAAGUUCGAAAUUCUGUGAACAUUUUUACUAUUUUACAUUUGACAAGAAAUGAACUCACCAUUCAGCGAUUCUAACAUUUUAAUUUCACAUUUCUUUCAUACCUCGGAAUAAACAUCGCAAUAAUGAUCAUAAUAUACCUGCUGAUUUAAUAUACACAAAUCUGACAAUCUGCAAGUUUGUGUUUAUUAAUUAUGCAAUAGUUUUUCAUAAUUCAGUCAGCAUUGUGAGAGUCGCAGUUCUCAUAAUUGUACAAUUUUGAGUUAUAAUUUCCUUGGUUUAUACCUCGGAAUUAACUUUGCAUUAAUAAUCGCAAUGGUUUUGCAAGUGUAAAUACAAAAAUUUGACAAUAUUAACUUUUCUUUUUCUGAAUUUUUUUUUCUAACGUGCAGUUCAGUCUGACCUCAUAACUGUGCGAUAGUUGCGUUACUAUUUUAACGUUUUGAUAGUGAAAAUUUCACAAUUGACUAAAUGUUAUUUUACGAUUCAGUCAGCAUUGUGAGACUGUUGCGACUCAUAAUCCUACAAUUUAGACAUUUUGUUUCACAUUUGUUAGUUUAUACCUUGCAAUUAACUUCGCAAUAAAAAUCGCAAUACACUUGCAAAUGUUUAUAAACAGAAAUCAGACUAAUUUUGCUCUUUUUCGCUGAAAUGCAAGUUUUUGCAAAACUUUUAAAAGUAAUUUUAGACUGGAAAUUUUGUGAACGUUAAUAUUUUUACUAUUUCACAAUUGACAGGAGAUGAACUCACGAUUCAGUCAGCGUUGUGAGAUUGCUGCGAUUCUGAUCAUAUUUUAAUUUCAUAGUUUUACCGCGCAAUAAAUGCACAAUACACCUGCAAACUUUAAUAACACAAAUCCGACAAUCUCACUGUCUUGAUUUUUACUUCUGAAUUGCGAAUUUCAUCUCAGUUCUGCAAUUCAUGUUUUGUUUUGUGGGAAUUUUGCUAUUAUUUCUCUAAAUUUGCUAUUGGAAUGACUAUUUUAUUUUUUUGAAUCGACACAAUCGUGACUCACGACUCUGUCAGCAUCGCAAUUCUAAUAAUCAAACAAUUCUGACUUUAAAUUUCACAUUUCUUAGUUCAAACUUCGCAAUAAUAAUCGCAAUAAACAACUUUUUUAUUCUCACAAAUCUGUUCCCAAUCUGCGACGAUGUACACUUAAAAUAAAAAGAAAGAAAGUGUUCAGUCAGAAUUCACCAUAAGCUAGUAGUAUGGUGAAAAUGUGUGUCUGUAGCGCUUCAUGACGAGCCGGUCAAACAGCACUGAUAGCGGUGGUCAGCACAGAUGAUGGAGAGUGUUUAUCAUGUCAUAAACACACAACCUCCUGCGUCCUACUGUAUGAUGAUGAUGAUGAUGUAGCUCUUCAUAUUUAUUACUGAGGCCUUCACACACUGGAUUCAGAGACACAGUCCACUUCAGGACGCUCCAUUAGAUUAUGUUAGUGUUCUUCACUGGAGGUAUGGGUGCUGCAAAGGGACAAAUCUCUGUGUGCCUUCAAAUACUGUCAAAGCUUCAGGCUGGUGUCAGGACUCAAGCGAGAGCGUUGACUGAUCAACAGCAGAACUCUGGUUGUGUUUGUGUUCCCCUUUUAUUGUCGUUGUUUUGUUUGUUUUUUGUUUGAUUUCUUUGAACCAAAACACUUGGAGAUGCACAUGGCGUUUGCUCCUCCUCUUCCUCUGCCGCCGGGAACUCUGGGGGAUGGAGUUCUGAUGACCAUUCCUGCUUUAUGUUAAGCUUAUUUGGAUAUAUAUAUAUAUAUAUAUACUCUGUGUAAGUGUGUGUGUGUGUGUGUGUGUGUGUGUGUGUGUGUGUGUAAAGCCCUUUUAAUUGCUGUGUGUGUGAUGUUGUGAUCUCUCUUGGGCUGGGCCUAAUCACUUCAUCACUGUGUGUGUGUGUGAGACAGAAAGAGAUAGACUGUGUGUGUGUGUUUAAAGUGCGUCUGAAUGUUUAUUUUGCUAAUUGUAAAGGGUUUUAACCUGUGGAACUUUAAAAAUGAGUCAAGAUAUACUGCAAAAUGGAGCGAGACCAAAUAAAGUUUAACACAACUCUAA